AUGGGGCCGGGCCGGCUGCUGCCCCUGCUGGUCCUGGUGCCGACGCUGCCCGGGGGGCCCCGGGCGCAGGAGCCGCUCCCCAGGGAGUCCCACCACCUCAACUGGGACAAGUUUUCAGGGUUCUGGUACAUCCUGGCCAUCGCCUCCGACGCCCAGGGGUUCCUGCCGGGCAGAGACAAGAGGAAGCUGGGGGCGUCCGUGGUGAAGGUUCAGCGGAGGGGCCAGCUGGAGGUGGUGCUUGCCUUUAACCAGUCGCAGGGGUGCCGGGCACACGUGCUGAUCCUGCGGAAAGACAGGAAGAAGGCCGUGUUCAGGAACACCUGUGCGUACCCGCUGGGCCCGCGGGAGGGCGGGGUGAAGGGGGUGGAGGGCUUCCGCGUGCUGACCACUGACUACAGCCACAGCGUGGUCUCCCUGCGCCUGGGCCGGGCCGGCCGGACCACCAAGGUGCUGCUGCUCUUCAGUGAGUCCCGCGGCCGGAGCCCCGCUGGCCGGGCGUGGGGGGCCAGGGCAGCGGGCGCCGACCCCACCAGGAGGACCCCACGCUCUCGGCCUCAGCUGCCCCCAUCACCCCCCAAGGUCUCCCGGGACCACCCCACUGGGGCCUCCACACGCCUUCGGGGGGCAGGAGCACGCAGCCCACGGCGGUCGGUCACGGCCCGAGGGGUGCGGCCUGGCAGGAGGGUGCAGCGGGAGGUGGGGCUGGCGACGGUGUGA